CUGUACGAGAGAAGCCCGCGCCCGCAAACAACGCCGAUCAAAGCGUCAAUCGACAUCCACCGGUACGCCGUGACGAAACAGCAGUCGCCGACUGCGAAAACGCGACUCUCGAGUCUCGUCGCGCUGAUCGACCGAGACAAGCGAAACGCAUUCCCGAAAUCCAACAUGGCCGAGGCCUUGCUGGGCCUGGCGACCUCGUCCUACGAUGACGCGCCGAGCAGCAGGUUCAGCAUCGCCAAACCCGAAGACAUCCCCGCCCAGCUGCUCCGCGACCUCGAGCUGAAGAAGACGCCCACGCGAUGCGAACACGUCUCCGUGAGCCUCGACGUCCCAAACACCGUCGAAUUUGCGAUCCCCGAAAACGAUGCCGACGCACCGGAAAACAUCGACCCGGCCCUGGGCGGCUUCCGCUCCCAGAUCAUGGACGGCCAGGCGGUCAAAGUCGUGCGCGCAUACGACGUUAUCAUCAGACAACCCCAAGAUGAUCCGGUCAUGCAGAGGGCAGUGGCGAGGCAUAUUGUCGGGCUUUUGUCGACGGUGGACGAGAGUUCGUGGGUGGUCAGAGAGGUGUCGCGGGGCCAGCAUGGCUGGGCUUUCACAUACAUCUGCAAGGACUCGGUCGCCAUGUGGAAUCGUCAGAACGGAAAGACUGCUUCUAAAGGACUCAUAGGAGAGUACAGUCAGAAGGAGCUGGAUCCCGUCAUCUCAGCUCGGCCUGCUUUCGAUUGUCGCGGAACCCUUACCAUUGCGUUCGUCAAGAACUCGCGAACGAUCAACGUCAAAUACGAGCACACCCCGCUUCACAAAUCCGUCGGCGAGAUGAUUGAGCAUUUCCGGCCGCUCCCUCCUGCCCCGCCGCCAGCGCCGCUGAUUCCCGCCGGUGACAAGAAGAAGACACCCAGGAAGAAGAAGGUCGUUGAGCUCAACGAGGAUGGAACCCCGAAGGAGCCGACGCGGAAGCGCAAGUCUGUGGCUCUCAACGAGGACGGCACGCCGAAGGAGCCAAAGCGGAAACGCAAGUCGGCGGCGGUCAAUGAAGGUGGCACCCCCGUGCAGCCAAAGAAGAGGCGGAAGAAGAAGUCUGAAGCGGGUGCCGAGGCGGCUGCUGACGGCGCAGUUGCAGGCGAGGGCAGCCAACAGGCGACCGUGCCGACCAAGGCGGAUGUCGCAGUUCAGAGUGGCAUCCAUUCGCAAGUCAAUCUGAACGUCCCACCUGGAGAAGCAUCUAGGCGACGCGAGGUGGCUAUCAGACUCUUGAGCGACAGUGGCGUGGACCCGGAAACUCUCUCUACCGAACAGUUCAGCAUCUUUGCCAAUCAGUCUCCAGAUCUUCAGAAGGAGUCGCUAGCUAUGCUUGUCAAGUAUGGCGCUGAGAGACUGCGUAUUGUACACCCGGCGGAUGCAGCAGCAGCAGCUUCGUCGUCGACUAGUGCGUCGUCAACCCCGGAGCUGCCACCGUCUCAAACAGAGACUCCUCUCGUUGCGGAUGCAUUUGAGUCUCCGUCGGAGGGGAAGAAGAAGAGGCGAGGUGGAACAUCGAAGCAAGACGACGAAGAGCUCAUCCCGGCUCCUCCGGGCACUCCGCUCCGACUUGUAUCCAGAGGCGGCUGCAUUCGGUGCAGAAUCAACAGGCUCAAGUGCGAUCGCGGCAAGCCUGCCUGCGAAACGUGCGAGGAGGAGGAGCUCGAAUGCCAAUAUCCCCUUGUCAAGGCUGAAGCGAACAAGAGAGCAAGCCGAUUGUCUGCGGCGCAAGUCAUUAGUGAUGACGACGCCGAAGCCGAAGCUGAAGCUGAGCCUGAAUCCGAGCCCGAACCAGAGCCCGCCCCGGAGCCGCAGGAAGAACCUGAUGACAUCGAGACCAUUGACUACACGUCAAAUAUGCCCGUUGCCAACAUGCUCACGCCUGCUGCCGGUACAUCUAACGAGGAUUACUUCAACUCCGGCCCGAGUGAUCUCUCGUACACCCACGCCUCAAAUGACAUCAGCAUGUCUCAUGGUGUCAACUCAUACUCGGAGCCUGCCGCCACUGUGAACUUCACGGACCAUCAUGCAACUACUACAACAUACACCCAGCCCUCGCUCACGCAGACGGCUACCUACACCCAGCCGGCGUCAGUCGAUACGAACUCAUACACACAGCCAGUUGCGGCAGAGACUGCGAGCUAUACGCAGCCGACGACUAAGAGUCCGAAAGCUUCACGAACCUCUACGCGACGAAGCCUGCCCUCUGGAGCUAGAUCUCACACCGAGACCGCUGUUCCCCUGCCGAGCUAUGCCCAGAAUUGGCCCAUGUCGCCACCAAAGGCAACCAACACCGUGUCGCCGACUAUGACCACGAGACAGCCGCGCACACGGACGUCAACGCAGACACCAGUUCAGGUCCCCGCUGCCUCGCAGCAAACCUCAUAUGACACGACGCAGCAGGCCGCCGCCCGAGCUGCCAUUCAGCAGCAACAGCAACACCGGCCGUCUCCAACACCGCAAGUAGCGCAGACAGUCACACCUGCUCAAGUUUCUCCUUUCCAGGCGCCAGUUCAAACAGCUCGGGCUAAGAGCCGAGCUGGACAAAGGGCGUCAACUCGAACUCCAGUGAACACCGAGCCGCGAGCCACACCCACGCAUCACACGGUGCAACCAUCCGCAACGAUGGAUACUUCGACGUACAACGACAGUCACUCGUUGAGCAAUACGUCAAACUACAACACGUAUAACACAAAGUACUCAGGCUCAACCAGCAGCAAUGCUGCGGCAGACACGAGGAUUGCGUACGAGCCAUACACAGCGCAAACGACAUCAGCUACCACCUCCACGUAUCCGUCAUACGAUGACACGUAUGAGAGGACCACAACCCCAGUGCAGAACACGAGCAUCGCGUAUACCCCAACCAAAAACUCCCGUUCUGGACAGUACCAAACCCGCAGCAGUGGGUCAUACAGCAACACUACUGCCCCCGCUGCAUCGUCCUACUCGCAAACACCGACGACUACUCAGCAACAGACUGCUUCUCUGCAGUCGUUUAACAUGCGUGCUUCAGCGACAGCCAAUCACGCUCGCUCGUCGUCGAACAAAUAUCAACAACAACAGUCGCAGCAGCAGCAACCGCAACAGACGCAGCCAUACGGCUCGUACUCGACGCAGAGCCAGCAGCAGGCGGCUGCGCCAGACCAGCACAGCUGGUACGGCUUUGGGUCCAGCGGCGCAUCCUCGACGCCCACUAACACUUCGGGAGGAUACGCGACUAGGAACAGCGCAUCCAACGCGUACGGAAACACUGCCAACGCCAACCAGGCUUAUCAGCAGCAGCAGCAACAGUAUGGCUCGCUCAACAUGCCGGGCCACAACUACGCUGGCGGCGACAACGACAUGUAUGAGCUGCUCAAGCUGCAUAACUCCGGCCGCUAG